UCUCUGCUAAAAUUUAACUGUAGCACACUCAGCCUCUUUGAUUCCUUCGUUCGAAAAUUUUCCUUUCUGAGAUAUUCUCAAUUCUAAUUCCUCUUGGCUUGUUUGUCUAAACCCGUCUGCCUUGAGUCGAGAAAGUUCUGAUAUAUAACUGGGUUUUCCUAGGGUUUUGUGACUCUCUCUCUCUCUCUCUUUUGAGUUUGUCCCCCAUAGUACAAGAGCUACCAGCUCUCUACUCAUUCAGAUGUCGAGUCUUUCAAACGUUAGAUUCUCCUGAUGGCCUUUCGAGUUCAUUUUAAAGCUGAAUCAUCGUCUGAGUGUGGGUUUUCAAUUCACAAUAGUUCUUUCGGCAAGAGCUUCAGCCUUCAGUAACAAGGUUUAAUAUUCAAGCAGUCUAUCUUUCGAAUAUUUUCCUUGCGAAUUCUUGAGUAAAGGCGAACCUUUGCUAACUGAUCAUUUCAGAAAUUGGUUCUGUGAAUCUCCUUCCCAAUUAGCUCAUCUACACAAAAUUUUUCUGAUAGCUUUUGCUGUCCCAGACGAUCUAGUAUUUGCCCAGUGGAUUGAUUAUCUGGUCAGAACUCGAAACUCUAGUCCGACUGAAUUUAGUCUUCCCGACCCAUUGCACUGAUUCCUAGUCAAGUUGGUACUCUUUCAUUUUAGUUAAAAUUUCUUCUACUUCUCGCAUGAUGUCUUCGUGUCUAAGCGGAGGCAGCAGAACUUAUGCCCUCGAUCUUGAUAUCAUCAAAUCCCCAACAACAUCAACCCGAACUUCGCAAACAUCGUCAUCACCGUGUUCAACAAUCUCCGAAUCGAGCGACUCACCACUUGCGAUAUGCACCCGGAAGCCCCGGACACAGAGGAAGCGUCCCAACCAAACGUACAAUGAAGCGGCUGCUUUACUCUCCACCGUCUAUCCAAACAUUUUCUCCAGCAAACAUCUGACAAACCAUCCACGUGAAUCCGCCAAAUCCCAUCAAAUCCUCGCCGAUGAAUCCUCGGAAGUGUUGCUUCCUUUUCGAGUCGUGGACGAUGAUUCCGGUUCUGGGUACUUGCUCCCGCAUCACCAGCCAAAGCAGGACAAGUGCUUUUCCCAAAUCGAGCCAAAAUUCUCGCCUUUCUGCGAAAAGCCUUGCCAAAGCCCAGGGGAGAAUGAAAUCCAAUCCAAGGGCUCGGAUUUGAAUGUUUGCUGGGAAGGUUUCCAAGAAGAUUUCGAUGCCGAAUCCAUCUUGGACGAAGAAAUCGAGGAAGGGAUCAUCGACAGCAUCAUGGGGAAUCUCAGCGUCGACACCAAUGUGUCCCAUCGAAUGUUGUACAGCGACCCGAGCUAUGGAUGUCGAUCGUCUUUGGGAUUCGGAAUCAGAAGAGGAGUGAGCGCGUGGAGAGACGUUAGCGAAGUGAAUUGGUGGAACUUCCCCACCGUCGAUGUGCUUGAGAUAUCCCCGAAGCUCAACAGGAGCUCCAAUUCGGCGGAGAAAAAGAAGAGGAGUAAGGUCGAGAAGAACGCGGUCGAAUCCAAGGAUACGGAGGAGUCGGCCAAAGAGGACCAAACUCCGAAGCCGGUGACUGGGUUGCUGUUGAAACUGAACUACGACCAGGUCGUCGAGGCUUGGUCCGGCAAGGGUUCGCCAUUCUCCGACGAUUCCGACGGCGCCGGCAAUGACGUCUCUGCAAGAUUGGCCCAGAUUGACUUAUUUUUGGAGAGUGGGGGAGUGAGGGAAGCAAGCGUUCAGCGCUACAAGGAAAAGCGGCGUAAUCGUCUCUUCUCGAAGAAGAUUAGGUAUCAAGUCAGAAAAGUUAAUGCUGAUCAAAGGCCCAGAAUGAAGGGUCGAUUCGUGAGACGACCGAAUUCGAGCACAUCUGGGUCGAAGAUGAAAGGAUGACGACCCUACUGUACCAGUGCUUACAGAUAAAUACAAGAUUAAAGAGAGAUGGUCCUCCUUGGUUUCGUUUUUGUUCAUCAAUUUCAUUUUGUAGUCCCGAAAUGCCUUUUGGUCAGGCUUUGUUGUGAUCUUACGGGGGGCAACACAAAACCUUUCGAUAGGAAAAAAAAAAAACUUUUACAGAGAUCGUUGAACAGCAGCUAUAGAGAAGGAUAGAGAAGAGCAUAGUGAAUAGAGCGAUUCCUCUCUGCUAACCAAGACUCGUCUUCCAUCAUCUAUUCUGUCCCUUCAUUUUCUUCUUGUAGAGUUGCUUUGUCCAUAACCGACCGAUCAUGGGUUGUAAGAGUUAUGACCACCGUUGGAUGACAUUCGAAAAUUCGAAAUAAAUCAGUGGAUUCGAA